UUUGGGCUCCGCUACGUUGUUGCUGACAAACGAGAAAGGAGGAAGAUGAGGCUUUUGACCGAUGGCAUUGGACGAUUUGGCAGGGCAAAGGUGGUUAUCCCCAUUUUAGAGAGGAGGAACCUGAGGCCACACAGCUAUUAAGUGAUGGAGCCUGGACUUGAACCCAGGUAUUCCGUUUCCUCAUUCAGGGUUCUUUUCCCCGGACCCCUGAGGGGACAAGUGAUAGGGAGUUGGGUAAGCAGAACAGUUAUUCUUUUAGUUCUGUUUAUUGUCUGUCAGUCUAUACAAGUCUUUCUAAAGUUCUCUGAAUUCCUCAUGUGGGUCAUUUCUUAGUGUGAUAUUUCAUCAUGUUGGCAUACCAUAGUUUAUUUAACCAUUCUCCUAGUUAAUGGGUACCCAUUGUGCUUCCACCUUUGUGCUAUCACAAAAAGUACUUUUAGAAAUAUUUGGUAAAGAGGAUCUUUCCUUGUCUGUGAUUUUCACCUACCCCUUGAGGAAUAUAUCCAGUAGUGCCAUUUACUGCAUCAAAAGGCAUAGUUCCAAAUUGGUUUUGGAGCUAGGAUUUGAAGCCAUCUUUUUUUGAACUUGAGCAUUCUCUGCUGUGCUGCCAAGUCUCUGGCAGGCUACAUCCACAUUGCUAUGGAGCCCUUGAGUUUAUUAGAUGGCCCUUCCUCACUGUUCCCUCCACCAUCUCAAUUAAGGAAAAAGCAGAGAAAAAACGCGUGGUAAGGCCAGAGCGCCCUCCAAUUCAUCCAGUGCCAAGUGAGCCCCAGAAUUUUCUUAGAGAUAGCCCUGCUUAAACAGGUUUCCCUUAGCAAAUCCGUGUUGUCUCAUAAUAAUUAAAGGGGCCCAGCCUCUGGGAGAGGACAGGAACCCCAACCGGGAUUGUGGUGGUUGUUGUUAUAUGUUUCAUUUGAAUGAUGACUCACACCUUUCCCAUGCAUUUUCUUACUAGAUCCAGGGCCAGGGCAGUUAUCUCCGUUUUAGAGAUGAACCUGAGGCUCACGCAGCUAGUCUCUCAAAGUGGGCCUCCAGAUCUCCAUGGAUUAUUGGUGGUGCACAAAUGUGGUUCUCCGAGGGGUGGACGAGAACAGCCCUGGCUACAUGGAGGUGAUGUCAGCGUGUCACCAGCGGGCAGCCGAUGCCCUGGUAGCUGCAGCCAUCCUCAAUGGGGGCCUCUAUGUGAAGCUGGGCCAGGGACUCUGCUCCUUUAAUCACCUGCUACCCCCCGAGUACAUCACCACCCUUCGCCUGCUGGAGGACAAAGCCCUCACUCGGGGCUACAAAGAGGUGGACGAGCUGUUCCUAGAGGAUUUCCAGGCCCCAGCCAACGAAGUGUUCCAGGAAUUUAACUAUGAGCCUGUGGCAGCGGCCAGUCUGGCCCAGGUGCAUAAAGCAAAGCUGAAGGAUGGCACAGAGGUGGCUGUGAAGGUGCAGUACAUCGAUCUAAGGGAUAGGUUUGAUGGGGACAUCUACACCCUUGAGCUCCUGCUGCAGAUCAUCGAAUUCAUGCAUCCCGGCUUUGGCUUCAGCUGGGUUCUCAAGGACCUGAAAGGGACCUUGGCUCAGGAACUGGACUUUGAGAAUGAGGCUCGGAACUCAGAGCGCUGUGCUAACGACCUGAAGCAAUUUCACUAUGUGGUGGUACCCCGUGUGCACUGGGACAAGUCCAGCAAGAGGGUGCUGACUGCCGACUUCUGUAAUGGCUGUAAGGUGAACAAUGUGGAAGAAAUCCAGAAGCAGGGGCUCAGCUUGAGUGAUACAUCAUCUAAAUUGAUCCGAGUAUUUGCUGAACAGAUCUUUUACACGGGCUUCAUCCACUCAGAUCCCCACCCUGGAAAUGUAUUGGUACGGAAAGGUUCAGAUGGGCAAGCCGAAUUGGUGCUGUUGGACCAUGGCCUCUAUCAGUUCCUGGAUGAAAAGGAUCGCUUGGCCUUGUGCCAACUGUGGCGGGCCAUUAUCUUGCGGGAUGAUGCAGCCAUGAAGAAGCAUUCUGCUGAGCUUGGUGUUGAAGAUUAUUUCCUGUUCUGUGAAAUCCUAAUGCAACGACCAAUUCACAUGGGGCAGUUGUGGCGUUCUGGCAUGCUGAGCCAUGCAGAGACGACCUACAUGCAGGAAAUGGCUAAGGAACAUUUUGCCCGAAUCAUGGAGGUGCUGAAGGCCUUGCCCCGUCCCAUGCUGCUGGUCCUGAGAAACAUCAACACGGUGCGCUCCAUCACCAUAAACCUGAAGUCCCCUGUGGACCGAUACUUCCUCAUGGCCAAGAGUGCUGUGAGAAGCUGGAGCCGACUGCUGAAAGAACAGACUCAAAGAAACUUAUACAGACGGUUUUUGAAUUGGGUCAAGGUCACAUGGGAAAGCUUCAAGUUUGAAGUUGUCCUCAGGUUGGAGAUGUUAUCAAUGCGCCUAACCUCCAAGUUCAUCAAAUUCCUGGUUUAUCUGGGUGUCAUGCCUGAACCUGAGGAGGUAUUCAAGAAAAUGGAGCCCUAGAUCUGGGUGGCUCUGUCACACCAACCCCCAGCAGCACAGAUCCACCUUCCUCAAUGAAAAGAAAGGAGGAGCUGGCGUCAGCCACCGGGGCAGCAAGACCCCCUAGAGUCAAGCGGCCAGGAAAAGAGAGAUGACAGGCUCGAGUCUCCUCUGCUUGCUCAGACUAAGGCAAGGGAGGCCCCUUAGGGCAAAGAAUAAAGGAGUAGAUGUAAUGA